CUUCAGCACUGGUAGCAGGACUGGGCUUUGCAAGGCAAGUUUCCUGGGAGCGUCCCCUCUCCCCACCGCCAAGGCUGCAAAGUCUCUACUUCUCCAACAGAUGUUGCCCUCGCAGCUCUGAAGUCAAAGUCCUUGCAAGUGUCGGCUCAGAGUCCCCCCCACUGGCCAGGCGAGCUGGGGUUGGGGGACACCCACCAGGCAAAUGCCAAUAUCAGCAGAAGAGACUGGACUUGAGCCCAGGUCUGUCCUCAGCCCGGGGUGCCGCUGUUUGGCUCCGGUGCAUCUGAAGGAGCUGCUCACUUUCCCCCUCUCAGCCAGUCUUGUCUUUGUUCCCAGCCAGAGAUUGCUUGGAUCCUCUAAUUAACUCCCUCAGCUCCGGCUCUGAAGGGGGCCAGAGGCUGGGAUGCAGCACUGCCAGCUUGAAGGAUGUUGACUCUGGAAUGGGAGUCGGAAGGACUGCAAACAGUGGGUAUUGUUGUGAUUAUAUGUGCAUCUCUGAAGCUGCUUCAUUUGCUGGGACUGAUUGAUUUUUCUGAAGACAGCGUUGAAGAUGAACUGGAGAUGGCUACUGUCAGGCAUCGGCCUGAAGCUCUGGAGCUUCUGGAAGCCCAGAGCAAAUUUACCAAGAAAGAGCUACAGAUUCUCUACAGAGGAUUCAAGAACGAAUGCCCCAGUGGUGUUGUUAAUGAAGAAACCUUCAAAGAGAUUUAUUCCCAGUUCUUUCCACAGGGAGACUCAACUACAUAUGCUCAUUUUCUGUUCAACGCGUUUGAUACCGACCACAAUGGAGCUGUGAGUUUUGAGGAUUUCAUCAAAGGUCUUUCCAUUUUGCUCCGGGGGACAGUACAAGAAAAACUCAACUGGGCGUUUAAUUUGUAUGACAUCAACAAAGAUGGCUACAUCACUAAAGAAGAAAUGCUGGAUAUAAUGAAAGCUAUAUAUGAUAUGAUGGGUAAAUGCACAUACCCUGUGCUGAAAGAAGAUGCUCCCAGACAACACGUGGAAACGUUUUUCCAGAAAAUGGAUAAAAAUAAAGAUGGAGUCGUUACCAUCGAUGAGUUCAUUGAAAGCUGCCAAAAGGAUGAAAACAUAAUGCGUUCCAUGCAGCUUUUUGAAAAUGUGAUUUAACUUGUCAAGUAGGUCCUCAACCCAACAGACAAAUGUGAACUAUUCGACCACACUUACAGCAUAGACUGCUCCGCUUGACUCUUGAGGCAUAGUAUGCAAACAAGCUUGGAAGACUUACAUUUUCCAGUGAAUAAAUCUGCAUCCUUUCCAUAAAGCCACUGACUUGGUGGGAUGUUCUAAGUCAUUUCAUACCCUGAGAAUAUUCAAAAUUAAUAGAAUCUGGCAUAUAGUUCGAUUGGUUCUGUAGUCGUGGGAUUAUUGAGGCUUUCACAUUAUUGGUGACUUUAACAAAUAUCAGUGUGUUUUGCUGCUCAUUUGUAAGUACUCAACCUCAUGAUGUUAAGUGGUCUCCUAACAUACUGGCACCUGCAUUUAAUUCCCAGAAAUUAGUUUUCAUGUUUGUGAGCUCUAGUUCCAUUUACAUGCUUUAAGUCAAAGAGAUUACUACAACAACAACAACAACAACAAAAAAAAGAGACAGAGAGAGAGAGCCCCAGUAUCAAUGAACUUGCUGCUUCCUAUUAAGAACACUUAGCUGACAUUUCUUUAUACAGUCAAAACAAUUCAAUCUCCCACCUAUGGUGACUUCUGUAAUAAGCACGUCUAGUUUUCCAUUACACAGUACAGCCAAGGCUUACACGAUACACAAAUUGUGGCCCCGCUCAAACCUGCAGCCCUGGGUGGAAAUCUAAGGUGGUGAGAAGGAAAGGAAGGACGUUUCUAGGCAUGUGAGCAGGGUCACGAUGUCUGCCCUUCCGUGUGGAGUAAUAGCUAGUCACCAUUCUCAGUAUCAUUAACGACCUAGCCCAUACCGUUCCCUGCCUUCCUCACGGCAUAUUCAUGUCACAUCACACAAGGACAAAGAGACCUGGACCACCUCCUAGCCUCUGGGAACAGUCAGCAAACCAAAUCCACGUUGAAAGCACCAGUGAUUCCAUUAAACCAAGAACUACACGACCAAACUUUGGUAGAAGGUAACUAUAAAUGCUAAACAACUCACCUGGAUUUUAUUAUGAUUUGGCUCUUCAUAAAAUUCCCACAAUUAAGAUUCCUUUUCAUGCUCUUAAGCAAACAUUGGAAGAAAAAAAAAAAAAAAGACUGAAGAUAACACAGUCUACCCUGUUUUGCAGAAAUAUGAGGAAGACCAAUAGGCUAUGUUAUAGGAGGAAAUUUGCAACGGUUUUUGCAACAACAAAAAAUCAGGUAUCUAUUCUGGUGUAGAGAUAGGAUGUUGAAAGCUGCCCUGCUAUCACCAGUGUAGAAAUUAAGAGUAGUACAAUACAUGUACACUGAAAUUUGCCAUCGCGUGUUUGUGUAAACUCAAUGUGCACAUUUUGUAUUUCAAAUAAUAUUAAAAGCAAAUAAAAUGUUUAUAACUCUA